ACAAAGCAAAUUGACAUCGAUUUUCAAUGUCAAGUGACAUUGAUUUUCAAUUUUUGUCAUCGGUUCUCAAACUUGGUGUUCACAAAGAAAAUCGUUGUCAAAUGACAUCCAAAAUCGAUUUUCAAUUUGCAAUCAAUGACACUGAAAUUGACAUUGAUAUUGGGCAUUGUCAAAUUGAAAAUUGAUGACAAUCACCAUGGUAAGAAAACAAUAUGGCCGACAUUGAAAGACGUCUUCGUCGCGCUCGAUACUUAAAUGAAUUGUUUCCAAUGGAUAGGAGAGUUUUCCGUGAUCGAACGAACCCAUUGGAAACUUUGUCCCCGAUGGAAAUUCGUGAACGGUACCGGUUUUUCCCGGAAACUAUUCUGUUUCUUGUCAACAUGCUGAAUUUGGAGAGGGCUACUGAACGUUCUUGUCCUCUUCCGCCGCUCAUUUCAACUUUAGCGGCAUUGCAUUUCCUUGCAACUGGCACACACCACAUUGUGACGGCAGGGCUUCAUGGAAUCUCAAGGUCCAGGACGGUGCAAAAACAGUUUUACAACAUCGCUGGUUUCCCCCAAGUGGUUGGUGUUGUUGAUGGGACACAUAUCCGUAUUCAAGCGCCUAGCGCCAACGAAGACGAUUAUAUGAACAGAAAGGGAUUUCACUCCCUUAAUGUACAGAUGAUUUGUGAUGCCACUUUUCGGUUUGUUGACGUAGUCGCAAAGUGGCCUGGGAGCGUUCACGAUUCAAGGAUCUUUCAUGAAAGCGCCAUACGUCAGCGUUUUGAAAGAGGUGAAAUCGACGGUCUUCUGCUUGGUGACUCUGGCUAUGGAUGCAAGAGGUAUCUUAUGACACCAUAUCAAAACACCGACAGUCCUUGUAAGGAACGGUUUAACAUAUCCUUAUGUCGAACAAGAGUGGUGAUCGAGCAAGCUUUUGGCGUUCUCAAGCGUAGGUUUCCAUGUCUACAUUAUGGACUUAGAGUAAAACCUGACAGAGCAGCCAAAAUAACAGUCGCGUGUGUCAUUCUUCAUAACAUUGGAUUAGAGAGGCAAGACAUGUUUUCACGAACAUGUGAGGAUGACACGGAUCAGCCACAUGUUGUUUAUGAAGGAGAUGGGUCUGGAAACAGUUACAGAGACCACAUCGCAGAAUCUUUCUUUUAAGAACAUAUAGUUAUAUAAUAACAAGGGCUGUAUGCAAAACAUUCACAGUCAUUUUGAAGAUAACUAAACAAAGAUUCAUUCACAUAAUGAUAAACUAACAAAGUAUUAUAUCAAUAGCAAAAAGAUAAGAGAAGGAUCACCGAGGCUGCAGAUCAAGAAAGACAAGUUAGAACAAAAGAAUAGGCAUAUCAACAGUAUUAUUCAUUUAAACAGGUAUAUUGGAAACUAGAAAUGUGUCUUAAAUGCUAAAGACAAAUGCAUUUUAAAUAUUUCACCGGACACAAAUAUAUCUUGAGUCAAACAUGUUUCAAGGGGCAUAUUGACUGCUAACAACAAGUUAAAUGGAUAUUAUUUGCAGCAAAAGCUACAAAGGACUGAUUCAUGCAUGCUAUGUGAAUUACAUAUAUAAAUAAUGUAUGACAUUAAAAUAUGAAUAAGUGGAACACCAGCUGCCCAUCAGUAUAGCACUUUCAUCAUUUACCAAACUUGGUCCUUUAUUUAUGGUAAGUAGUGUUUCACUUAUUCAUAUUUGAGUGUCACAAAUUAUGUAUACAUUUAAUUAAUAAAACAUGCAUAAAUCAGUCCUAUGUAGCUGUUUCUGCAAAUAAUAGCUAUUUAACUUGUCUAUUAGCAGUUGAUAUUCCCCUAGGAACAUGUUAAGUUUAAGAUUCAAACAAAAGAAGGCCUUGAUCCAUUGCAGACUUUAUAUUUGAGUUUAACAACUCUUUUUUUAAAGUAAAAAGUUGUCUCUCUUGCUCUGCAGCCUCUGUGAUCACCUUAAUUCUAAGAUCAUGUAGCUGUUUUUCCUGCUGUUGCCUCUGCAACAGCAGGUCCAACUCAGCCUGUGCACGUCUUGUUUCCAGCUCAAGUAGCUCUUCUUCAUAGCAUCUGUUUCUCUUUCUCUUUUUCAACGAUUCUGGAAGUUAAUUAUACAUUGACAAAUUCAAAUUGUGCUUAAGAAAUUAAAUACUUUCUUCAUUUUAAA